AAGAUCUAAAAAACGGAACAAGAUAUAAAGAUUUUUUAAAAAAUCUUAAUAAGUUUCCCACAUCCGUGCUCGAUUCAGUAUUGGGAUUAAAAACAAUUUCAAAAGAUUUGGAUGAGUUAGAAAAUCAAUUAAAGUAUAUCCCAGAAAAAAGAUUUUAUCCCAAGAACUUUUUAUUUUACGGUGAUUCACAUUCAGGAAAGACAACAAUAGUUGAGAAAUUAUCGUUAGCUUUGGUGAAUAAUCCAACAACAAUUGAAGAAAAAAAGAAUAAAAUAUGUCAAAAAGCUAAAGAUAUCGAGUAUCUUGAUGAGUACAAGAAUCACGAAUGUAUAGUAACUCAAGAGUUAAAAUUCAACACAUGGGAUCUUAAAGAUCUGUUAAAGGUAACUGAAGCAGAUCAAGUAACAAUCAAACAAAGAGCAAAAAAACCCAUCCAAGUAGUAUCAAAGUUUAAUCUGUUUACGGCUCAAGAUAGUUUUGAUGAUUUGUUUAGUUACAGAACUCGUAAUUUUAGCAGAGAUGCGGUGUAUAAUAUGGAAACAAAAGUUGCAUUACACCGUAGAUUUAUGGAAUCAGAAGGAUACAUGUUUAGAUUGAGUGGAAAAUACAAAAAAAAUGGACGUGUUAAAUUUACAAUCAAGAAAUUAGAUCCGUAUUCUUCCGGAAACAUUCAAGACUUUAUUGAAGGUAGAUUUGAUAUCAAAUUUACGGAGGAUACAACAUUAGAAGAGGCUAAAAAGUUUGUAUACGAUGAAGAUAUCGAUAACUUGUAUAUGAAAGAUGACGAUGUUUACUUGAAAAAACAAGUAAAUAUCAAUAAGAUUUUAGGUGGGAUCAUAACGGAUGUGAAUUAUGAUGAAUCAAGUUUCUGGGUUUAUAAUCGGUAUUGGAAUGGUGAUCUUCCUCCCAAUAUCAUUAUUCCAGAUAAUAUAGAAUCAUUGCAUAAGAAUUUACGUGAAAAAUUGCAUUGGGUUGAGAAAAAGCCCAUUAAUUUUAUUGAAAAUAAUUUAGAAUUGAUAGUACUUGAUCCACAAAUAGAAUCAAGCACUAAAC